AGCCUCGGCUUCCUGCUGGGGCGUUCUAGGCCACACCCCACACUAUCGGCAUUUCUUUCCCUACAGAGGACCUGGACCCCGGCUCUGCCCUGUCAGAUGCAGACAUGGUGCCUCUGCUGCUGCUGCCCCUGCUGUGGGGAGGGUCCCUGCAGGAGAACUCAGGGUACGAGCUCAGACUGAAGGAAUCGGUGACAGUACAGGAGGGUCUGUGUGUCCACGUGCCCUGCUCCUUCUCCUACCCCUGGAAUCCGCAGUAUUCCUCUGGUGUACUCUACGUCUACUGGUACCGGAGUGGGGACAGCAUAACAUACGAUUAUCCUGUGGCCUCAAACAACCCACUAAAACCAGCAAACACUGAGACCUCCGACCGAUUCCGCCUCCUUGAGGACCCCAGGACCAACAGCUGUUCCCUGAACAUCAGCAAUGCCAGGAUGAGCGACACAGGAAGCUACUUCUUCCGAGUGGAGAGAGGAUAUCUUCUGAAAUAUACUUACAAAGAUAAGAAGCUGAAUUUGCAGGUGACAGCCCUCACAGAGGUACCCCACAUCCACGUUCCGGAGCCUCUGGAGUCCGGCCGCCCCACACGCCUGACCUGCAACCUGCCAGGGUCCUGCGAAGGGGGAAGACCUCUGACCUUCUCCUGGGUGGGGGCUGCUCUUGACUCACUGGGCCCCUGGGCCCUUCGCUCCUCGGUGCUAAACCUCACCCUGAGGCCCCAGGACCACGGCACCAACCUCACCUGUCAGGUGAAACAGGAAGGAUAUACGGUGAUUACAGAGAGAACCAUCCUGCUCAAUGUGUCCUAUGCUCCUCAGUUGACCGUCAGAUUUUCCAAAGGAAACUCCACAGCCCUGAAGACCCUGAGCAACCACAUGUCACUGUCUGUCCUCGAGGGCCAGUUCCUGCUCCUGGUCUGCGAGGCUGACAGCAACCCCCCUGCCACGCUGAGCUGGUCCCAGGAGGGAAAAGCCCUGAGCCCCUCCCAGCGCUCAGCACCUGGGGUUCUGGAGCUGCCCCACGUAGGGGCUGCAGAUGGAGGGGUGUUCACCUGCCAGGCUCAGCACCCACUGGGCUCCCAGAACGUUUCCUUCAGCCUCUCUGUGCAGAGAAGCCCCCGUUCCUGCAAAUGUGUGGCUGAGGAGCAACAGGGCUCCUGGCCCCUGGUCCUCACCCUAAUCAGGGGGGCCCUCAUGGGAGCUGGCUUCCUCCUUACCUAUGGCCUCACCUGGAUCUACUAUACCAGGUAUGGAGGCCCCCAGAGAACAAGGCCGAGGUCCUGACUGAGCCUCCCUCCUCCUCAAGACGGAGCCAAGAUGGACAGACGUGGGACAUCAAUGUCAGCUGCUCCCUGGAAACUCUUGACUCCCACCUUGUCUCAGUCGGACCCAUGGGAUUUUGAUUUGUGGAGGUGACCAAGUGAUUACACGGAGAGUCAGUGCUAUUGAAAGAGGAUUUUUCUUCCUUACGUUUCCUUCCUUCCUUCCUUCCUUCCUUCCUUCCUUCCUUCCUUCCUUCCUUCCUUCCUUCCUUUCCUUUCCCUUCCUUCUUUCUUUCCAUUCCCUCCCAAAACAUCAUAAGAUACAGAAAAUAGAAAACAAGCAAUACACACCCCAAUGACUGUCCCCUUGUUUCUGCCCGUGCCUCUCCCAUUUCAGUUACCUUCUGUCUCCGUUUGGGUCCAGCUCCACUCAUCCCCACCACUCCAGUUCUUCUCUCUCCAUCCUCAGGCUCAGGAAGGUAAUGAACUUGGGGCCUUAUGCUCCCAUUGCCCAGACGUUAUCUGGUUAACGCCUGAGUUUCUGGUCUCCCAAACUCGCCUGUCAACGUAGACAUCGAUACACAGGAGGGUCAGGAGCUCAGGUCUCCCUCCUGGUGUAAAGAUGCCUACCUCAUAAUGAUUGUUUUAAAAUACCUCAACAUUUAAUUAUAAAUAAAAGUUUUAUUAAAUAAUACAACA